AUAAAUAGGCGUGACAGAGGAAGACAGCACACAGAUUGUGGGCAGGGCCCCAACGAACGCUCUGUCCAAUCUGUCAUUUCCGCUGCCGGCGCUCCUCUGUUCGAACCCUUUCUUUUCUACCCUUCAUCUUCUCAGUUCUUUGCAUUCUAUUCCAUUUCCAGAGUCGAUAUGGCAGAAUCCUCACCAGACCGGUCGUCUCCCCCUCUUUCAUCCGAAAAUUUGCAGACAGAUGAAUCGCCUGCUCAUCACAAGGAGACUCAUGGAAGACGUGAUGAUAUUGACGAGAAUACCUCGUUGGAUGAAGUCGCCAAACGUGUUUGAGAGAGUAAAAGAGGAGAUUGAGGCUCUGGUUGAAACGAUUCACCCGAAGAAAGAGUCACAAAUGGAUGAAGCUUCAGCAACGGAUUCCAUCGAAGAGAAAACAGAGUUCCUAUUAGAUAGCACAGCGAAAGCAGCAAAAGUGAUAGAAAGAGCAAAGGACGAGAUUGAGAAGAUAUGGCACAUUAAGAAGUCAAAAGAAACCCAUGGCCAUCGUGAUGAUAUAGGAGAAGAUACUCCAAUAGAUGAAGUCAAAGCUCCAAAUUUAUUUGAGCGGGCAGCAGAAGAAUAUCAGGCCCUUAUCCAAACGAUUCACUCUAAGAAUGAAAUUACCAAUGCUGCAUCUAUUCUGAAGGAAGCAAUGCCUCUCCCAGAAAUGAGUUCAAAUGAGAAAAUGCCAAUCAAUGAAGUGAAAGGGCCAAAUAUUUUUGAGAGAGCAGAAGAUGAAAUGGAGGCACUUGUUCAAGGCAUCCAUGAUAAGAAGGAAACUGAUUCGCCAGGAAAAGAAGGAUUUCUGUCAAAACUGGGAAAUUGUUUGGAAAUAAUAUGCUCUCCUUCAAAAAAGAAAGAUGAUUAAACCCCAAAGCAAGAAUUUGACAAUCAAGAAUGAUGGUUUGUUUUCUAAUAUUUUUCAUCUGUGUAUUGUUCGAUUACUACACGAAUGUUUGUAAGUCAUCCACUUGUAUUUCUGCAUUAUUGUAUUACAGGAGCUUUGUACAUUUCCAUUUUGGGAACGAAUGUAUAUCCUUUAUAACUUUGUAAUCUGGAGUUUGUAAGUUGUAAUAAAAAAAAAUGUUGGCAGUGGGUUUGAAUGUUUAAA